AUGAAUGAUCAAAAUUUCUUAACAUUUACAAUUGAAUCCGAUCUUAACGAGAAAUUAAAUGAAUCAAAUGUACCAAGAAUGGCUGUGAUUUUCUAUUCUGGUGAUCGAUGGCGAUAUCAAUUGAGAGAAGAAUUAUUAAAUGGUCAAAAUCGUUCCGAGACAGAAAAACUUCUCAAAGAGUCUAAUGCUAAUCUUAGUCUUGCAAGAGGUCCAUUGGAUUUUGUGAAAGUAAACAUUAAAAUUGAAUGGUUUGAAAAAGACCACAAAUAUUUAUAUAAAAUCACAUCGAUCAAUGAUAUUCUAUCACAAAAUGAAUAUCUUCAAGGAACACGUACUUCAAUUAAGGCUAUUCCCUUCUUUAAUGAAUCUAUGCUUGAUGCAGCUAAGAUUUCUGAUGGUGCUACUCACUAUUGUUGGCUUAAUUGUGUAAAUAUUGAAGGGAAUACUAUUGCUAAGAAUGCGAAAGUAGAUGAAAUAUCUAUGCUCCUUCUUGGUGGAUUAGCUUAUUUUAAAAGAACAGAAUUAGACAAUGAUUAUGAAUUGAUUUAUAUUAAUCGAUUUCGACAAAGUGAUAAUGGUUGUUUAAUAUGUCAGAAUGAUAAACCAUGGAAGAGUGAAUAUACACAAGCUUUAGAUGAUCAAGAUCGAUUUAUGUCUGUUCAACAUAUGGCUUUUUUGGGUGAGAAUGUAAAAUAUGCAGCGUUUCUUGAUGCGAAUGAAUCAUUCGUGAGUUCGAUUGAUCCAAAACGUAAAUGGACACCAACACAAAACUGGGCAUUUUUAUAUUUAUUCAAUGAUGAUAAAUCACCAAAUGAAAAAGAUCGCUUUUUUGAAAUUUUACCAGAUCCACUUGGAAGACCAGUAUCAGAAACAAGUCAUGAAAACAAUUAA